UAGACGUUCGCCAGCCUAGUCACACAGGUAGGCACAGUACACAGUGUUUUUCUCUCAACACGUUUUACAUAGUCCAGCAGCAUAGAAAGACGACGUUGAAAACGUGGCAGACCGAAUAGAACGCUCAAGAAAUACAUCUUAAUUCAAAUAAGAGAAGGAAAGCUGGUGCUCGGACGGACCAGAACGCGCGGUAAGAAGCAUCUUGGAGAAAAACACCAGAGUAGUCUUCAGUGAAGUAACCAGCUAGUGAUGUCAUGAUAAGGUUUUUGUAACCUUAUCUCAACCCAGGCCUGCACUGUCUAUUGGAGAGCCCAAUGUGCCUGAUGCAUAAAGUUAAUAGCUCGGAGCACACUUUGUAUUCUGUAACCAUCAGUGGCUGCACUUGUGCAUCUUUGGUACUGCUUUAUUCUGCCUUUCAAACUGCCUGAAGUCUGCAAUGAAGGAUGUGGCCUCAUGGUCACCCCAGGAGGUGUCUGACUGGCUAAAAGAGAAGGGCUUCCAUGACUACUUGGAGUUCUUGCACCAUCUGAAUGGCCAGGCCUUGCUUAACCUCACUAAAGAAGACCUUCAGAAAGUGCAUCAGUCGCUCAUUGUCACAGAUGACGGCAGACAUCUCCUGGAGAAAAUUGAGACUCUAAAGUUUAAGUAUCUCAUGGCUGUGCAUAAGAAUGGGCUUUCCAAUGGACAUGUGACUGAGGCAGGUGAUCUGAGUGCCAAUGGCAAGGCCAAGGACAGCUGCGUUCUUAACAGCUCCCAUGAUACAGUCCUCCAGAUUCCUGUCCACAUGUCUGAAAAUUCAUUCCCACCUGAAUGGAAAAAGACAGCAGCAGCCUUUUUGUAUGCAUUGUGCUGCUUUACCUUGACUUCAGUUACAAUUUCUGUUGUCAACGAACGUGUACCUCCCAAGGAAGUUGACCCGCCCUUGCCCGACAAGUUUUUUGACUUUUUUGAUCGAGUGGAAGGGGCUUUCUCUGUAUGUGAAAUUACUGGUAUGAUAUUGGUUCUUUUAUGGCUGGUACAGUGGCUGUUAUUAAAAUACAAAUCUAUUGUUGGCAGGAGGUUCUUUUGUAUUGUUGGCACGCUGUACCUGUACAGGUGUUUAACCAUGUAUGUAACCACCCUUCCGGUGCCUGGGAAGCAUUUUCAGUGUGCUCCAAAGGUAUCAGGAGACCUAGAAUCCAUGAUGUACAGAGUACUGAAGGUGAUUGGUGGAGCAGGUCUAUCCAUUACGGGCUCCCAUAACAUGUGUGGGGAUUUCUUGUACAGCGGCCACACUGUCAUUCUUACACUAAGCUAUCUAUUUAUUAAAGAAUACUCUCCGAAAAGGUACACAUGGUAUCCCAGGUUCUGCUUGAUGCUCAGUGCUCUUGGAGUUUUUUGCAUUCUGCUUGCCCAUGACCAUUACACUGUGGAUGUAGCAGUGGCAUACUAUGUUACUACUCGUCUGUUCUGGUGGUACCAUACUAUGGCCAAUGAAGAGGUGCUAAAGGAAGCCUCACCAAAUAACCUAAUGUCACGGGUGUGGUGGUUCAGAUUUUUUCUGUACUUUGAAGCAAAUAUCCAUGGCGCAGUGCCCAGGAGAUACGAACUGCCUUUUCCCUGGUCCAAAGUGCCUUGGACUAGGAGGAAAUAUAGCAGGAUUGACAUAUAGUGCCCAUGUACAUGUAACAUAUGGAGGUGGAGCAAGUCCCAGAUGGGCUACUCAAUUUGCCAGGCUGCACCUUGUCACCUCUUUUUUUUUAUCAUGCUGAUCAGUGCGAUAUCUGUUUGGAAAUUGUCUCAUGUUGGAACUAAUGAAAAGAGUACAAAAUUAAAGAAUUGUGUCACCAGUGGCUUAUUUCUUAUAAUGUCUGAAAGUUCUGAAACUUGACAUGUGAUGCGGCUGGUUGCUAAGUGAUGUACGAGGUAUCACUUAGCAAGUCAAUGAAAAAGACAUUCUUGAAGCAGUGUAUCAUUUUAUUAUUUGCAUUCUUGUAAACACACUAAAUGUGGCAAAAGCAAUACUAACUUUGCAGUACUGUUGUGGGACUACAGUUUAGGACUUGGGCUUAAGUCUGUCUUCAGUUGUUAUUUUUAAUUCAUGUUGCCGGGUAGGCUCUGGUUCCCCGCAACCCCAUAUGGGACAAGCGGUUCCGAAAAUGUGUGUGAUUUGAUUUGGACUGCACCUUUUUUAUGACUUGGAGUUGUGCUUUAGUGGGGGUGCGG